AGAGCCCCGCCCCCCGGUCGGUGCGGAGGAUCAGUGGAGGGAUCUCUCCGGGAUCUCGGUAGUCGUAUCGCCUCACACCGGGCGCCGGUCCCCGGAUCUCUUCCGCCGUCAUGGCGUCCAUCCCGUGCCGGGUGCAGUAUUUGGAUGAUAUGGAUCCGUUCAUUUGCACCAACUUCCCGGAGCCCCGGAGACCUCCGGUGUACAACUUCCCGGAGAGCGCCCCGCUCAGCGACCAGCUGCCCGCCCUGCACAAGCUGCUGGAGGCGCCGCUCAAGCUGGAAGAUUGCACUCUCCAGUUAUCGACCAAUGGAAACUACCUGGAUAUAGAACUCUCCCUGGCUGAACAAAGGGAUUACCUGGAAGCUUUCUUUGAAGACAUCAGCAAAGGCCGGAGACCGACUCUCAUCCUGCGGACGCAUCUGACGGUGCGAGUUCACGCCAUCCUUGAAAAAUUAUACAACUCUAACGGGCCAGAACUGAGACGAUCGCUCUUCUCUCUCAAGCAGCUUUUCCAGGAAGACAAAGAUUUGGUGCCAGAGUUUGUUAACUCGGAAGGGUUGACAUGUCUGAUCAAAGUGGGGGCCGAAGCCGAUCAGAACUAUCAGAAUUACAUCCUUCGAGCUUUAAGUCAGAUCAUGCUCUUUGUUGAUGGCAUGAAUGGCGUCAUCAAUCACAAUGAGACCAUCCAAUGGCUGUACACGCUCUGCGGCAGUCCGUAUCGCCUGGUGGUGAAAACAGCCCUGAAGCUUUUGAUCGUCUUUGUGGAGUACACCGAGUCGAAUGCUCCACUGCUUAUUAAAGCCGUAAACACCGUCGAUCACAACAGGGGUACAAGCCCGUGGUCGAACCUGGUUGAUAUCCUGGAGGAGAAAAACGGGGCGGAUUCCGAGCUGCUGGUAUUUGCCAUGACACUAAUCAACAAGCAAAUCCAAUAUUCAGGAGUGAAGACGCUGGGCAAUCUUCCUGACCAGGACUCCUUCUACGACCUCACCGACUGUCUGGAGCAGCAGGGGAUGGAGAAGCUGAUCCAGCGACACAUGAACAACAAGGGGACGGACCCCGAUCUCAAGCAGCGGCUGGCUGUCUACGAGAGCGCAUUAAGACUCGAGGACGAUAACAGCGAGGAGUCUUCCAGCGGCCCCCGGAAGGAUCGAAGGAAGAACUCGUUGGGGGGCGAAGAGGUCCGGCGCCCGAGGCGGUCCAUGGGCAACAGUGCGGAAAUAUGGGCGAAAACCAAACCCGUUACUGCACCAGCAGCGCCCCCUGUGGAGAUCGCCACCCCUGUGCAGUCUGCUUAUAAACCGAGCACCUUGCAGAGGCCAACGGUCUGCGUUGUGCCGCCCUCACCGCCCAAACAGCCGCCGGUGGAGAAUUCUCAGCCUCCCAGUCCCCCUCCUAGUGCCGGAGAGAGGAGCCCGGAAGUGGAGUCUCCUGAUGUCUCUUCACCAGAACUGUCGAGCCCGGAAAGUGUCGGCACUCACAGCAGCAGCUGUAACAUUUCCCUGUCUAAAUCCACCCCGGAGGAAGACAACUUGCCCGUGAUCGCCGAUCGGGGGAUAUUUAAAGUCCCCCAAACUGAUCCUGUUUGGGAUGACAGGAAUAAUCAUGUGUAUGGGGACAAACCCAUCCUGAAGAAGUUCCAAAACCGUUUCCUGGAGAAUCUGGCGGCCACCGAGCUGGAGAAAAUGUCCGCCUUGUCCAAAGGAAGGCAGGAGAUGUUGGCGGAAGCCGUGCGAAAUGGCAGCAACGAGGAAGAUGAAGAAGACGAGUCGGCAGGUGAACAGCCGGAGGAUGGCAGUGAGCAGAAUGAAGGAAAGGGAGAUCUCAGUGAGAAGGAAGAGAAAAAUGAAAGUGUCAAUGAGAAAGAGCUGUGUUCUGGGUCCAGCGAUUCCUCCGCCAGCAGCACCUUGGAGAGGGAGGAACGAGAAGAAGAGAAGGAGGAACCGGAAUCGGAGCCAGUCAGCCCUGUUCCUCCGCCUACUGCAGACCGAGGCAGCUCGAAGAAGUUCAUGCUGGACAUGUUCAACAAAAAGAGCUCUGACCUGGACACAGAACUGCUCAAUGCAAAGAACGCUGCUACCAACGACGUAGGAAAACCACCAAGGGACAGGAGAGCUCCUACGCCAAGGACUGAACCAUGCGAGGCCGAGAGUUCUCCCACCAAAGUCCCCAUUGAGAACGGCUCAGAUCCACGCAAAGGCGUGAGAGCUCAGUACAGCAUUGAUGCGGAGACCAACGCCAAAAACCUUGAAAAAACACUUAUGACGCCCUUUAAGAAACCGGCCGAAACUCUGUGGGAGAAGACGCCACCGCAGCCUCAGACAGAGCUUAAGAUUAAAGAUUUGGACUUUACUGACCUGUGUGAGGAGGAAGACUUUGACGUUCUUGAUUUUGAGGCCUCCGAAUCUGUUUUGUCCUCCCGUCCAUCCAACUAUUCCUCUCCCUCAUCUCUUCCAGGAUUUCCUCUGCCACCCCCUCCUCCACCACCCCCAUUUGGCGGGUGCCCAGGCUUUCCUUCACCCCCUGUCUGCCCCCCACCUCCACCUGGUGCACGGCCGCAGUUGCCACCACCACCCCCGGCUCCACCCAGUUUCAGUACCAUCUCUAUGGACUCUAUCGCCCCAGCGUUUAAUAAAAAGAGGAAGACGGUGAAACUGUUUUGGAAAGAGAUGAAGGAGGCAGACUGCCAGAGUCGGGGCAAAUUUGGCAAAUGCACCUUGUGGGAGUCUCUGGAUAAGGUGAUGGUGGACACUGAGAAGCUUGAACAUCUUUUUGAAUCCAAAGCCAAAGAGCUGGUUACUACCAAGAAAGGGGUAGAUGUAAAGAAGCAGACUCUAGUUGUUUUGGACCCCAAGAGGAGCAAUGCCAUUAACAUUGGCCUUACCGUCCUCCCCACUGUGCACAUCAUCAAGACGGCCAUCUUGAACUUUGACGAAUAUGCAAUCAGCAAAGAAGGAAUAGAGAAAAUCCUGACGAUGGUCCCAACAGAGGAGGAGAAGCAGAAGAUUCAGGAGGCUCAGAUAGCCAACCCUGAUACACCUCUUGGAUCGGCUGAACAAUUCCUCCUUACCCUCUCCUCUAUUAGUGGCCUGACCUCUCGCCUCCAGCUCUGGGCCUUCAAAUUGGACUACGAGACCAUGGAGAAGGAAAUCGCAGAGCCCUUGUUUGAUUUGAAGCUGGGCAUGGAGCAGCUUUCCAAGAACAAGACCUUCAAAGUCAUCCUGGCCUCACUGCUGGCAGUCGGCAACUUCCUGAACGGUUCAAGCGCCAAGGGCUUUGACCUCAGCUACCUGGAGAAGGUGUCGGAGGUGAAGGACACCGUACACCGGCAAACGCUGCUCCAUCACAUGUCCAAUAUAGUCAUCGAGAAGUUUCCCGACACGACAGACCUGUACUCAGAAAUCGCAGCGAUAACCCGCUCCUCCAAAGUGGAUUUUGACGAUCUUGCGGAAAGUCUGGUUCAGCUGGAGAAGAGGUGCCGGGAAUCCUGGGACAGCCUGAAGGUCAUCGCCAAGCACGAGACGAAGCCCGGCCUGAAGAACAAAAUGAACGACUUCCUUAAGAGCUGCACCGACAAAAUCGUCAUCCUCAAGAUCGUCCACCGCAGAAUCCUCAACAGGUUCCGCUCCUUUCUCUUGUAUCUGGGCUACCCGUAUUCAGCCGUCCGGGAUAUGAAGAUCACCCGUUUCUGCCGCAUUAUUAGCGAAUUUGCUCUGGAGUACAGAACCACACGAGAAAGAGUCUUACAGCAAAAGCAGAAGCGAGCGGCUUACCGAGAGCGCAACAAGACGAGAGGGAGGAUGAUCACAGAGACUGCGAAGUUCUCCAAUGCGGCCAGCACCACCGAGAACAAUGUAACCAUGACCAGUUCUAGGCUGAAGACACAAUCCUCGGAGGACGGCCAUGAAAACAUGACCAACAUGCUGAUAUCUUCCAGCGGAGAACAAAACACGCGGAGGAGCCGAGGCGUCAGAAGUUUGGGCCGUGGCAGUCCUCCCGACCUGUCCGGGAACAAGGAGGAGCCGGGGGCAUCCCCUGUGGAUGCUUCUGAUGAGAUUAUGGAUAGACUCGUGCAAUCUGUGACACAGAACCCCAACCCGAGGGUGGUGGCCCCAAAAGAACGCAAAAGAUCAAGAGCAAACAGGAAAUCCCUACGGAGAACCUUGAAGAGUGGUUUGAGUGACGAUCUGGUGCAGGCGCUGGGACUGUCCAAAACCUCAGAGGUGGCCGUGUAAUUCGCUCCACCAUAGACUUCCUAGGUAUCAGUCCACUGCCCCCUGUGGUGGGAUCUGGGCCACCUGGCCAAGCAAGCUUUACACUCUCUUUUCUUGGAGCGGGAGGGUCACCAUGCAUGGUACCCCUGGACAAUGCCAAGCAGGAGCCAACAGAGAGGUGGCGCAUGCAGAACCCGGUUAGCGUUGCUGCAUCACUUUACCGUCCUUAAAGACCUCUUCCGACAGCCGUCUGUCCGUCCUCAUCUACUCCAGGAGUUGUGUCUGAAAGCUGCAGCCCUGCGUUCCCAGGACUUCUACACAUGGACACUUUAAAGGGCUUGUCUGUCUGUCUGUCUGCAAAUGAACUGUCUUCCCAAAAGCCACAAGGGUCUGUGCCCAGGGAAUGCUCGGAAUGGGCACAGCACAAACUUUUAUUGGUAUUUUUCUAUACUUUGGCUGGAUCACUGACAUAGUCAGAUUGUAGCAGACUAGGGACGGAGUAUCCUCUGCUCACACGGGAUGAAUUUAUGAACAAAGCUGCUUCUUCAACUCACCUUCAUCUCCAUAGCCGUGUGUGGCUACCCGACGAACGAUGGAAACAUAAAGGUUUUAUUCGUUAUCUGAAAGUGGCGGAAGUGGGAACACUAUAGUUACUUACUGCCCAUUUUAUGCCUUUUUUUUUUAAAGGGUUGUUGUGCAUUCAGACCAAACUUUGUCAGAGGAUAUUUACUAAAAGUUCCUGUGUGAUUUGCAUAUGUUUGGCCUUUAAGGGGGCAGCAGUGUGUUUACUUCCUGCAGUGCUCUGUAUGGCACCCAUAGGAGCGGGCUGUGCACUCGAUAGACAUGGGGUGGGGUUGGCGUUCCUCCUACUGAGAAUGUACAAUGAGGGAGAGGAUGUACACACUGCAGACACUGUACAGGGCAAAAAAAGACGUUCAGAAUGUACAACAUUUUUAUUUGCUAGUUUGGAUCGCACCCGAUAUAUUUUGUUUUUAGCUGUAUAUUCUGUUUUUAGCUAUAUAUCCUAAGAAACACUUUGCUGGCAGGUGCGAGCCACUGAAACAAUACAGCAAGCAUGGCACCACGCAGGGAAUAAUUAAUGUCUGCUCACUAAAGCCACUACAUGGUGCUGUGCAUGGCACCACAGAGGAAAUAACCUGUGCUUGCUUCCCUUCAGCCACUAGAUGGUGCUGUGCAUGGCACUACGGAGGAUAAAAACCUGCGCUUGCUUCCUUUCAGCCACUAGAUGGUGCUGUGCAUGGCACCACAGAGGA